UCAGUUUUGGACCGUCGUCGUACAUCUUCAGGGCUACAGAUCACCAUGACCGACGUGGAGAAGCGCGCAAUACUCAAUAAACGGCUGCUGACUGCUGCAAGAGGGAGCGGAGACAUUGAGGAAUUGUUCACCGACCCCAUGUAUAGAGAUCCUGAUGACGACGAGGACUACUUGUUCGAUAUCAACUGCAGAGACAUGGUGAGCGGUGGGUGGGUAAACUACGUCGAUCUCAUCCUCGGUGCACCACUCUGUGAUGUCGAUAUCCAAAACAACAGGGGGGAUACACCAUUACACCUGGCUGUACAGAUUCGGGAUCCUGAGGCCCGGAAAGCUAUCGUGACUUUACUCAUCAAAGAGGCGGAAGCAUAUGAAUCCACAAGGUUGAAGAACAAGGCUAACCAGACACCGAAAGACCUGUGUGACAUAUACUGCCCGAACGAUAAGGAGGUCAUCAGGUUAGCAAGCCCACCGGCUCGGAAGCUCAGUCAGAUGUUGGACAGCAGCGACUGUUACAAUGACGACGACGACGAACCUGAGUCGGAAUGAACUACGUACUUUCCUCGAGGUAUACAAAGUACUAGAUGUUCUGUAAUUAGCAGCAUUGUAGUGUGAGAACGGAGCUCCUCCCGCGCUUGGUUAGGAGCCAGCUUGAUG